AAAGGGACUGUCGCAUCCGGAACCGUGGUUACGAAUCCAAUACCAAUGUGUUCGGUACACUACCACGAGCUAUUUGCCAAAUUUUCUCCUUCCAAAACGGACCAGGUGAUGAGGAAUCGAAUUUAAAAGAUCCGGUUUCGUUUUCAUCCUCGAAAGCGCCAGCGCCAACAACAUCGCGUGACGCAAGGUCGAAUCUGGCUAAUCCGCUGUGAAGGACGCUGUCGUCUGCCGCCAAGUCUGGGGCUGCUUUGUUUUUUUCCGGCACGUCGCCCGUAUUCACAUGUGACACUUUCUAGUGACUCGGAUACUAUCGCUACGCUUGCAUCCUUCGCGUGGGAUGUCGUUUGGAAACCGACGCAGCGUUCCCGACUCCAGGAAAACUUCCUUCGAAAACCUCGAUGUUUGAUUUCGCACGCCAAGGAUACAUCUACAGCCAGACCCCAGACGAAGCGAAAGUUGGAAGCAGCUACAUCACUAACGGGUAUCCAGAUGAAGCAAGGAGUGUUCAUGCUGUCCGUGUAUGCUCCUCGCAUUUCACCGAUAAUGUGUACCUGGAUGAGAACAUCAUGGAAGUGCAACUUGGAUUGACACAAAAAAGGAACGAAUUGAAACUUGACGCCGUUCCGACAGUGUUCCACGAACAAAGCGAGCCAGCAACUUCGACACUGCAGGCAGUUCGACAGGGUCAAGCGCAAGUGAAGGACCAGGUGCUGCUGAUCAAGUCCCAUCCAUCCAUGAAACGGCAUCAAACAAUGUACGUGUGUGCACGGCAAUUUUGCUGAGAGACCUGGUUUUUACACUAAUGCCUUUACGACGCCUCUGACAAAUUAGGAUCUUCCAGAACAGUGCUUUCUUCAUCCAAGUUCAAGAAGUAAAGAGAAUGACUUCAUGGCUUCUACUGAUAUU